AUGACUCACCUGCAGGCCGGCCUCUCCCCGGAGACCCUGGAGAAGGCCAAGGCGGAGCUGAAGGAGAACCCGGAGACCUUACACCAGGACAUCCAGGAGGUGCGCGACAUGAUCAUCACGCGGCCGGACAUCGGCUUCCUCCGGACGGAGGACGCCUUCAUCCUCCGGUUCCUCCGAGCGCGGAAGUUCAACCACUUCGAGGCGUUCCGGCUGCUGGCCCAGUACUUCGAGUACCGGCAGCAGAACCUGGACAUGUUCAAGAACCUGAAGGCCACGGACCCGGGCAUCAAGCAGGCCCUGAAGGACGGCUUCCCCGGGGUGCUGUCCAACCUGGACCGCUUCGGCCGCAAGAUCCUGGUGCUGUUCGCAGCCAACUGGGACCAGAGCAGGUACUCGUUCGUGGACAUCCUGCGGGCGAUCCUGCUGUCGCUGGAGUCCAUGAUCGAAGACCCGGAGCUGCAGGUCAACGGCUUCAUCCUCAUCAUCGACUGGAGCAACUUCACCUUCAAGCAGGCGUCGCGGCUCACGCCCGGCAUGCUGCGGCUGGCCAUCGAGGGGCUGCAGGACAGUUUUCCUGCCCGAUUCGGAGGAAUCCACUUCGUAAACCAGCCGUGGUACAUCCACGCCCUCUACACCGUGAUACGGCCCUUCCUCAAGGACAAGACCAGGAAGCGGAUCUUCAUGCACGGCAACAACCUGAACAGCCUCCACCUGCUCAUCCACCCCGAGAUCCUGCCGUCGGAGCUCGGCGGGAUGAUGCCGCCGUACGACAUGGGCACGUGGGCGCGGGCGCUGCUGGACCACGCCUACGACGAGGAGACCGACUACUGCCCGGAGUCCUACACCCUGUCGGUGCAAGACCUGGAGAGGGACCUGGAGAAGAACCUGUCCCCGAAAACCAUGAAAAGGUCUCAGUCCGUGGUGGAACCGGGAGUCCUGAAGAGACCGGACAAAGCCAAGAGCGGAGAAGACAACAUGCAGCCGCUGCUAUCGCUGGACUAAAUCAACCUUACACAUACACACAUCAUUUGCAUAAUCAGCAUUCACACACACACACACAGACAGACACAUUGACUUACCUGUGCAGCCAGACGCCGCCCUGGAAACACACCUUCUUCCAGAGAAUGCAGCUGCUGUUGGAUUCUUGUUUCUCUUGAACUUAAUGGGGUCAAAAAAACUGAAAAAGAGCUGCUGGGAAGCAGGGAACCGAGCCGAGACGUUCCCCCUCACACAGAAGGGCCUCCGCAGAGCUGCCCAUGGCGUGCUACACAUUUAUUUAUUUAUCUGUCAAGUGCCAAUUCCCCCCCCCCCCCCUUUCCAAAAAAAACUAUGAAUGAACA